GGCCGGGGGAGUGCGGACCGGAGUGAGGGCAGCCUGUGUGUGUGUGUGUGCGUGUGCGUGUGCGUGUGCGUGUCCGCGGCCGGAGCGCAGAUCCCGGGCCGCCCCUCGCCAUGAAGCUGCUCUUGGGCGUCGCGCUCCUGUGCUGGACCGCGGACAUGGCCAGAAGUAUGACUAUAACCACUACUGAAGGGAUGUUUGAAAAAGCCAAGGGGGAAACAGUUCAUUUGCCUUGUAAAUUUACAAUUGCCCCAGAAGACCAAGAACCACUACACAUUGAGUGGAUUAAAUCACCAGCUGAUAACCAAAAGGCUGACCAAGAGAUAAUUUUAUAUUCUGGAGGCAACAUUUAUGAUAUAUAUUCUGAAGAUCUAAAAGGACGAGUUUAUUUUACAAGCAGUGAUCCCAAAUUAGGUGAUGCAUCAAUAAAUAUAACAAAUUUACAAUUAUCAGAUGUGGGCACGUAUCAGUGCAAAGUAAAAAAACUUCCUGGUGUUGCAAACAAAAAGAUGCAGCUUUCUGUGCUUGUUAAGCCUUCAGGAACAAGAUGUUACAUUGAUGGAUCAUCAGAGAUUGGCAGUGAUUUUAAAAUAAGAUGUGAAUCAGGAGAAGGUUCACUUCCUUUAUACUAUGAAUGGCAAAAAUUGCCCAACACAGAAAAAUUUCCUGCUGUGUCCUUUUCAGAUCUCAACCCAUCUAUUAUUUCUGUACGAAAUGCCACUACAGAGUACUCUGGCACAUACAGCUGUACAGUUAAAAACAGAGUUGGUGUUGAUCAAUGCCUUUUGAGGGUGAAUGUUGUUCCUCCUUCAAACACUGCUGGUACAAUUGCUGGAGCUGUCAUAGGAACUUUGUGUGCCCUGUUGCUGUUGGGUCUUCUAAUCUUUUGCUGCUGUAAAAAACACAAGGAGGAAAAAUAUGAAAAAGAAGUUCAUCAUGAUAUCAGAGAGGAUGUUCCUCCUCCAAAGAGCCGUACAUCGACAGCCAGAAGCUACAUUGGUAGCAAUCAUUCAUCUCUGGGAUCAAUGUCUCCUUCCAACAUAGAAGGCUAUUCCAAAGCUCAGUAUAACCAAGUACCAAGUGAAGACUUUGAUCGUACUCCACAGAGCCCGAGUUUCCAACCAACUAAGGUAGCAGCAUCUAAUCUAAGUAGAAUGGGAGCUAUUCCUGUGAUGAUACCAGCACAAAGCAAAGAUGGGUCAAUAGUAUAAAGCAUCUCAAACUUUGUUUCUUCAGACUUUUUUCUUCUCUGAAAAUAGGAAAAAGCUGCCAACCUAAAAAUUGCUUUUGAAGAAAUAGAAUAAUUUAAUCUGGACUAAUAAAAAGAUGAUCUUCAAGAAACAUUAUUUAAUUGACAAGAGUUUGAAUCCUACAUCAGACACUUAAAAACUACAAGUCUUGUAACUUUUUUUUAGCUUAUUUCCUCAAAUGUUUCACAGGGUUGUUGUGAGGAACAAAUGCUACAUAUAUAGAGUGCUUUGUGAAGUUUAAAGUAUUACAUAAAUAGUAGCUAUUGUUAUCACAAAGAGAUCAGAUAAAAUCUCCUGGUAGAAGAGGGGGUAGAAUUGAAUUUCCAGAUGAAAGCGUAUUGUCUUAGGUUCCUUUAGAAACAACUGAUUUUACUGAUACUUAAUGUCUACUAUUCUAUAUGUAUACCAAGAAAAGCAAGAUUUACUGUUACUGUUACUGUUUUCUCAGCCAUUUUCUGUAGCAAACAAUGUAAGCCCUACAAAAAGUUGAAAAGAAUGUCAAAAAUAACUAAUUUAAAAUUGUAAAAUUACUGUUUUUGGAAUCAGUUUAAGUGAAGGGUGUGUCUUGAACAUCUUACUGAAAGAAUACCAGCAAUGACUAGGUGAGCUAGCUGAGCUCUGUCAUCUAAUUAAUUUGGUGAAAUGAUUUCUUUAAAUGUUUUAACACAUGGAAAUGCUACAAGUGAGUAGCUAAUUGUUUUUUGCUUUCUGGCUAUAUUUAGCAAUAAAGGAGCAGCUGGCAGA